AGACACGGAUCCCGCUCCUUCGACCAUGACUCCUCUCCAGCAACAGCAACUCGCCCGCCGCCACCACCUGCAGUCCUCUAUAGACACACAUAAAGUGCUGGUAAUUUACAAGCUUUUCUUGCUGGAAAACGCCAGGAAAACACUGGAACAAGAACUCAACAAUUUCAUCGGCAAGGCCUAUGAUGACAUCCAAGGAUUCUUGAAUUCAUCGCUUCCAGCCUGUGUGUUCAUUGACCUGGCAAAUGUUCUGGAUGCAAAAUGCCGUACAAUAGACAAACUCUCAGCAUUACUGGAGGAAUUUGUCGCUGAGCCACAAGUUUGUGUCCAGCCUGCUGUCAAGAUGGGUAUGAGAACAAACCAGCCUCAGUCACUUGGAGACAAGCGGAUCCUGAUAACAGAUGUUCUCAAGUUUGGGCCCAUGUUGCAGAACGUGCUCAUGGCAAGCUCUAUUGUGAAAUCAGUCCAGGUGCUUGGAGGGACACUGUCCCUUCAACAGCUGAAACAUUUCCUCAUUUCCCAGCCUGUAGCAGCCCAAGAGGAUGACAUGAUCUACUGCAUCUCGUCCAGCUACAACAGUGCUGUUCAGACUAAGAGCUCAUCUUGUCACUUAAGGGUCAAAGAAAAUGAACAAGCUGUUAUUUAUGAUGAGAAAAGCCAACGCGAUGAUGUGAUUCCACAACCUGCCAUGAAUCAGAGCCCCAAGGUGAAUCCAGAGAGACCACCACUACUACUACCACCAAUAGAAGCUAUAUUCCCAGAGUUAAGUAACCCAAAACCUAAAAAAUUAACACCAGUUAUUAGCUGGGGAUGGGAGGGUCAUUUCCAGGUGCAACACCAAAAACAAACAUCCUCUCAGCUGCUGCACUUCCUCAGAGCCAAAGCUAAGAACAUGGGUGCACAAGAGGUCACUGUGAUGGAGUGGAAUAGAAGUACACACCCUUCAGGUUCGCCACAGUCUAUGUCGUCUUCCACCAAAACCCAAAGUUAUCAAUUCAGAAACGUUGAGUCAGACGAUGUUAUCGAGUCAAAGGCCCGGAAAACAUUGCGUGCAAAUAUGGAAGACCAAGGCCCCGUCUUCAGAGUCAAACGAGUGGAAUCGAGCGGCACGCUGACCUACACGUGUGUGAUUGCAACUAAGACUGAAUUGUGGGAUAUUGGAGACAUUUUAACUGAGGUGCAACAAGCACACACCGAUGACAGCCCAGCAAAAAAUGAAGGCUGCCAAAAUACAGCUGCUCAAGUGGAGAGCUCUUGUGUAAACAUCCAGUGGAAAACCCAAACUUCCCAGUGCACAGAAUCUGAGAGAGAGGACAAUUAUGCUGACGCGAAAACCCCAACAAGCAGCAGUGUUACCAUUCCUGAGUUUCGGGUCCGGAGGUUUGAAGAGAUUGAGGUUGUGGUGUCUCAUAUUGUCAGCCCAAGCAACUUUUAUAUCCAGCACGCAGACUCCUUCAUCGGGCUGCAGGCCCUUGUCACAGACAGCUGGAAAGCCAGUCGCUCAUAUGCAGAACAGAACUGCAUUCCAGACAUUGGAACCCAAGUAAUGGGCUGGUUCCCUAAACAGGAACAAUGGUGCAGGGCUCAGGUGACGAAGAUAUGUGGUGUAAUUGGAGACGAUGACUCCAGUCAUGGUGCUGGGAGUGAGACUUCGAUCAAUGUGGAGGUGAAGAGGCUGGACCAUGGUGACACUGCCUGUCUGUCACUGCUGUGCAUCAAGGAGUUGACCCCAGAAAUGGCUGUUCUUCCACUUCAGGCAGUACAGGUCUCACUUGCAAAUGUGACGCCUGUUAAUGGGACAGACUGGUCUGAGGAGUCAGUGGGCUGGUUCAAAGACAUGGUGCACAACAGGACACUUUUUGCCAGACUUUACCCACAGGCGGCAAACGUUACCGUCGAGCUGUUUUUGGAAAAGGGAAAGCUCGGAGCUAUGAGGAGGGGAGCAUCACUGUCUUUGAGACUGGCCCAGAAUGGACACGCGAAACACAGCGAACUGAAGAAAGGCAGUCUCACAAAAAGCACAGUUCAACAUAAAAUGAAGAAACAGGACUCUGACUGGGGCAAAUACCUCAUCUCGUGCUACGCUCAAAACAAAUAUUUUUUUUUUUUCAGAUUAAUCUUCAAACCUGUGAGUGACCGUAUGCUCUCAGUGACAGUGGCUCAGGUCAGAAAGAAAAAAAAAAGCUUCCCUCACUCCCCUUCUCUGCCAAGCACAAUAAAUAAUGUGGGGCCGAGCCCUUUUGUGUCCACACAGAUUCCUUCUUUUGCCCGGGACCUGGAGUCAAAAAUGAACUGGGGGUCCUUUUAUGCCGUGAUCAGCGGCGUAAACAGGCACUCUACAGGGAUCGGACGCGUUUGGCUCUCCGUGAUCUUCGUCUUCCGUAUCCUGGUCCUGGUUGUGGCUGCCGAGAGCGUUUGGGGCGACGAGAAGUCCGGCUUCACCUGCAACACCCAGCAGCCCGGCUGCGAAAGCGUGUGUUAUGACCAGUACUUCCCCAUCUCACACAUCCGCCUGUGGGCGCUCCAGCUCAUCCUGGUCUCCACCCCUGCCCUGUUGGUGGCCAUGCAUGUGGCCCACCGCCGCCACAUCGACAAGAAGAUCCUGAAGAGGACGGGGCGCGCCAGCCCCAAGGAGCUGGAGCACAUCAAGAAUCAGAAGUUUCAGAUCACUGGAGCUUUGUGGUGGACGUACAUGAUCAGCAUCGUUUUCCGCAUUGUCCUUGAGGUGGCCUUCCUCUACAUCUUCUACUUGAUCUAUCCUGACUUUAAGAUGGUGCGUUUGGUGAAGUGUGACUCGUUCCCUUGCCCCAACACAGUGGACUGUUUUGUCUCCAGGCCGACAGAGAAGACUAUAUUCACUGUGUUCAUGCUGGCGGUUUCCGGGGUGUGUGUGCUGCUCAAUCUGGCCGAGGUGGCGUACCUCAUCGGCAGGGCCUGCAAACGCUGCUCUCGGGGUUCUGAGGAAGAGUCCCAGGUGGCUUGGAUAAGUCGAGGACUGUCUUCUUACAGGCAAAAUGAAAUCAAUCAGCUGAUAGCAGAUCACCCUCUCAAGUCUAAGUUCACUGUGACCAAAAAGAGCCCGAGUGAGAAGGUUGAGAGGUGCUCUGCUUUCUGAGACUCUGCCUUUUUGUCUCCCGUUAAACUAAUCCAACAUGUCCAAUACAUAUACACAUGUACAUAUGUAUAUAUGUGUAUUUAUGCGUUCUUGUUUUACUGACUCAAGUGUUAGUUGCUGUUUAAAUUUGUCUAAACUAUUUACAGAGCCAGUAGUGAAGAUUAAGGGAAAAUACCUUCUUUUCUUUCUUUUUUUCUUUCUUUGAGCUGAUUUUCUUCAAAUCAUCGAUGUCCACAAUUUGUCAAAUUUACCUUAAUUUGUUUGGAUUUUGCCUGUUGUUUUUUUUUUUCCUUCCCCCUUUGAAGCAGCUUUAAUUCAUUUUACUAAGAAGAGCUGCCAAGUUGCCAUGGUGGGAUGAUUGCUUGGGCUAAACAAACCAUGACUAUGAGGAUUGUGCUUCCAUUUAUUAUCGUCAAAGUUGGGCUCUCGUUGUGUGACGGAUCACUUUAAUCUGUAUAGAUGAAAUGCAGCAGGUGUGUCUUGUUUUUGUCCCGGUUUGACGCCUGACGUUUGUGCCAGAAUAGUUGCAUUUAUGAAACACAGAACAUAGAUAUGAGAAGUUGCACAUGAAUAUUUAUGCGUUCUAAACGUUGCCGUUUGGAAACCUGACUCUAGUUUCGCUUAUCAGUUUCUCAUCAGCACACGGACACACCGUCCAACAGACUUUUCCGAGUCCUCCGUGUAAUUUGGCUCCUUUUGAAAGCGCGUUCUGGAAACCAAGCGUGAAUAAAUCAUUUCAAAGAUGUUUCCUUCAAGUCUUUAUGAAAAGGUUUUCAACGGGCGAACGCCUGGAGAGCAAACAAAAACAAUUGGAGGAUAAAGUUUGGAAAGUGCUUUGCAGUGAUGUCAAAUAUACAUGGUUUAGAGUUAGAGGUAGAGUUUACUAUAUAAAAAAAAAAAAAAAUGCUGGAUGGAAAGUCAACCUUUUUAUUAAGAUUUAAAAAAAGGCUACUUUGUAUCUUAUUUAUUCCAGUCUGAGUCAAAGCGCGGCUUGUAGGAACAGUAUUGUUUCUCCAUGCCAGUGGGCAGAUGCUUGGAUUUCUUCAGACUCUGUUGCUUAUAUGCCAACUUUUUUUCUGCAGAAAGCUGCUACUAUUGGUGCUAGAAAACCAAAUAUGUUUGGUUUUCGACAACACACUGUAAUCACACUGUGUAACGCCAGCUUGAAGGGAGAGAAAGGGCAUUUUAAAUAGUUUUCUCUCAAACUUUUCCACAGUCUGCACAACUUUUAAACAUUUAACAACUUUUUUCAUAAUGUCAUAAUGUUUAACUGACGACACUGCAAAAUUGCUCAUUCAUUUAUUUAUGCCUUCUCGUCUCACUUUGUACUGUACAUAUCAGAUUCAGAUUUAGCCGUUUACUUUAGCUUGGAUUGAAAACAAUAUUUAGGCACUUGUAUAUAUGACUUAUUUAUGUUACUGCAGUUUUGUUUUCUAGUUAUCGCUGGUGAAUGUCUGAGUUUGGCCUCCUUUUUUUAACAUUUAUUGUCUCUGAUCAUGUGUCAUACGCUGGUAUGUGAUGAACUUAACCUGUUAUUAUGUACACUGUAAUGCAUACAGAAACCCUGUAUGUUAAUGUUAUCAGUUUACAUCAAGGUAAACAAUACAGAUUUAAAGGUGCAGUGUGUAAAAUGUAGGUGAAAUUAUGUUUAUUUGACAG